AUGGUAUCAGGAUCGGGCAAUGGCGGCGGUGCCGGUGGUGGUGGUAGUGGCACCGGUGGUGCUGGUGCCGCUGGUGGUACCACUCCCAUGUUUCAGGAGUGGUUAGAGAAAUUAUCGACAGAUGGGGCAUUGACCAGCAGUUCGAGUGGUCAGAACAUUGCAGAAAAAGUGAGGACUGAUUUGGAGAAAACAUGGAAGAAAUUGGAGGGUUCGCUGGUGCCGCAGGAGUCCGCGGAGAUACAUAAGUUCUGUGGGAAAGGGAGCAUAACGUGGCCAGCAGGUAGCGGGGCGCAGCCGCAAUAUAUGGAAAUAUUGUGCCAAGCUCUAUUAGAAAUAAAAUAUUUCGUGAGUGGUGUGAGCAGGAGGAGGAAGCUUCAAGAUGGGAAACCAACGGGUUAUGAUGAGGCACCAGUUAUCGCAGAUUUUACUGAGGAUAAGGGCGAAGCCUUUAAUCGCUGCAUUGUCGGAACAGUUGCCCUUUCCACCAUUUACGGUGAUCACUGUAAAUUAAUGGAAGUUAUAGAGAAGGUUGAGACGAACAUAGGGGACAAAGUGGACGCCCAAUUAAUAGAGCAUCUGAAGCAAGGGGGAAAGAGUGGAAAGCCGGAUCUCUCAAAACAAUUGAAUAAAUGUAGUGCUCUGACGUACAACGAUUUAAUAGUUGGGAAGUCUGUUUUGGGUGACACAAUCAAACUAUGGACAAAACAGAAGAGGGACGAGGGCAAUAGUGGACCCUGGAGGAUAAAGAUUCCGUGGUCCCAUUGGCCAAGUAUCUGUAACAGCGGGAAGCAGCCGGCGGGGGACAGCACGAAACAGAAGGAAUACUUAAAGGAUAAUGCAAGUAGCAUGACGGACUUCAUGAAACUGAGCAGCAGCACCACUCAGAGUAGUAGCGCUGGUACACCAUCCAUAUCCGACGUAUUAGUAAAUGAGGACUACACCAUUCCAAAGGACAAAUUGUUAACAGCUUUCGAGUCAGUAGUACAGAGUGCCAGUACUGUUAGCAGUCCUAACUCCCUCGAUGUGAAGACACUAAUGGACAGUCUGACGAAGUUAUCCCAAGACCAAUCAG